AUGUUCUCACCAAAGGAGCCUACCCUUGUCGUGUCCAGCGGGGCGAUCGCGUCGUUACUUCAUGUGUCACCUAUGGAUGAACAACGGCCGCCUAGCCACCUGCACGGCAUGGCCCAAGGCUCUGCAUUUUCGGGAGAUCUAUUGGCAUUGGAGCCACCAACCGCGGAGAUACAAGGUGCCGGGCAUGAUGAGCAGUCCAUGUUGCAAUACCCUAGAUCUAGCCAAGAUGGCAUCACUCUGCAGCGGAGUGCAGGGAUCUCUGCCAUCGCGGCCGGCAUCAAUGACUGGGCUUCCCAAGGCAUCGACAUGGCAUUCUUCAAUAGCUUAAUGAAAGGGACGUCCUGCGUCGAUGCUGCAGGUUCAGAGCAGUUAGUGGGCUGA